CCCAUGUUGAUAAGAAUAUUAAAUACUUGACAAAUCUCCCUUUAAGGUUCAUUUUGAACAAAAAAUGUAUGAUUAAAUAUUGUAAUCGAUUGACAGCCCUAAAUAUAAUACAUAAUAUAAGACAUUUUUGGUAAACUGAUUAACUGAUUCAAGGAAUGUAAGCUACGCUCCAACAUACAGGUACUAAUAGAUCAUUAAUGUUUGUGUGCUGUGUUUUCAGUAUUGUUUCCCGGAUGACACGCCCCAAGUUAUAACUGUUAUCAAAAGGAUCUCCUGCACAUGUUCCUGAUAAACAUUUCUAGUAAUGAUUGAUCAGCAGAAGACACUAUUUAAGGCCGGGGAUUAACACAGGAACCACAAAGUAGAACUGCAUACAUAGACCGCCACUUUGAAAAUGGAGACGACGGCGUGUUUUCCACUGUUGCUGCUGAUCUGCUCUCUCUCCACGGCUCAGCUUCAGACAGAGUCUGACAACGACAUUAUUCCACAAGGAAAGCAAACUGAAUCUCAGGGAAGAGAACCAACAAAUGCCUCUCACCACCAACAGACCUGCACACAAGACAUCAAUGCUGUGCUGAGAGAGAUGAGCGCUGCGUUGGCUGAACAGAGGGUGGAGACGAGGCACUUACAGACAGAAAAUGAAGCACAAGCAGCUAAACUGAGAGAACUGGAGAUGCAAAAGACUGAGGUGGACAAGCUGAAGCAACAACUACAAGCACAAGCAGCUAAACUGAGAGAACUGGAGAUGCAAAAGACUGAGGUGGACAAGCUGAAGCAACAACUACAAGCACAGGCAGCAGAGCUGAUCUCCGUGAAAGACAGGACAAAUGUCACAGAAAACCAGGUGGAGGCUCUGAAGAGAGAUGGAGAAGUCAAACAGGUGGCUUUCUCAGCCUCUCUGUUGGCUUCAGGCUCAGGAUAUGUCGGACCAUUUAACACAGACACUCAUCUGGUCUUCAGAUACAUCAUCACAAACAUCGGAAAUGCCUACAACCCAAACACAGGUUUUUUCAUUGCACCAGUAAGAGGAGCCUACCACUUUGAGUUCACCGUAGGUGCACAUGGAAGUUCAUCUGCUUCAGGUGUUGCGUUGGUCAAGAACGGAGAGCAUAUGUUUGGUGUAUGGGAGCAUCAGCCAUCCCACUACGGCAGCUCUGCUAAAGGUGCCACACUGCUUCUAGAGGUCGGAGAUGUUGUGUUUUUGCGUCUGUGGGCUAACACAAGAAUAUUUGACAACGAAAAUCACCUUAACACCUUCAGUGGCCAUCUGCUUUUCACCAUGUAAAUGGGAAACAGUCCUUUUUCUUCAGCUAUAUGACAGCCGUGCACACACUGCAGCAGCGUAUCAGUACUUGUUGAUAACAAUAUCAGAUGUGAUUCGAGAUUCAUCGCGAUUAACUAUGGACAUUCAUACGAUUGACAUCGUUCAACACAUAAAUACAAUAACACCCCAAAAACGUAUUUUCAACUUUGAUCAAAACAACAAAAAAAAAGCCAAUUGUCUGUUCUGAUAACUGAAUAUGUGACCUCGUUACCUCGUGGCUCCCUGUUUAUUCAAUUCAAUGGGAUUCUCUGAUGGUACGUGUCGACAGGCUCCGUCCAUUCCACACUUCCCAUUUAUUGUCUAUGUAAGCAGCCGUGCAAUGCAUUCUGGUAGCGUGGCGUCGCGAUUCGAGAAACGGAGCGUCACGACGCCCGCUCCUUAUUUGCAUAAAGUUGAGGGUU